AUGAGAUUGAUUCAUGGAUCUACGUUUCGAAGCAUUUCAUCAAGAGUUAAUUGUGGUAAUGCUACUCGGUGGUUGCUAUUUAAUGGUUCUAAUUCAGUUGGCAGAGCUUCCGUAGUGUGCAGGACUCGGUAUGGAGGGUUUAGUUUACAGAGACAGCAAGAAAGGUAUAAGUAUGAUGAACCUAAGAAACCGUCAAAGGUAACGUCUUCAGUUUCAAACAAGGUUAAUAAAUUUGAUUUUAAGUAUAUCACUGAAAAAGACAGGUUGAUUGCUCAAUCUAAGUCUAAUUUUGAGAAAUUGAGGAUUAAUAUGAGAUGGUUUUUAACCAAAUCAACUACGCCAUUGAACAAAUAUUAUAUUUUUUUAACAACAUUCAUUUCAUGGUUAUUUGUAAGUAAUUUAUUUUUGAUAUUGUUUGGAACAACUACUUUUGUAUCGAUUAUCUUAUUCCUUUUGAACACCGUGUCAGCCCAAGAAUUUUUAACUACAAAAAUUGGUUAUUAUAUCACCAAGAAUACAUCACUAUAUGUUGUUUUUGAAAAUGCUAUGGUUCCAAAUUGGGCUUCUGGUAAUAUUAUAAUGCAUAAAGUUUUCAUUUCAAGAAGACCUAAACUAUCACAAAAUUUUACAAAGGGUUCGCAAGAGGAAGCUGUUCAAAGAGCAGAAUUGGCAUUGCGUGAAAAGCAAUUCUUGAUUAAUGAUUUGAAAUUCGACGAUGGUAACUAUACACAAUUUGAUUUGACUAUUGAUCAGUUAGAGUUUUCAUUGAGCCUUUCAAAUUGGUUGAAUGGGAAGGGGAUCGUGGAUGAAGUGAAAAUCAAUGGGUUGAGAGGAGUUGUAGACAGAACUCAUGUUGCUUGGAAACCUAAAGAUAACCCUAGAAAUUACCUUAAUGUUCACAAGCCUGGAGAUUUUGAAAUUAAUAAGUUUUCAAUGAAUGAUGUACUGAUUACAUUGUAUCAGCCCAGGAAAUUUCGACCAUUUCAAGUCAGCAUACAUAAUUGUGAAUUGCCGCAAUUGAGGAAAAAUUGGUUAUUCUUUGAUAUUCUAAAUGCGACAUCAAUGAGCGGUACAUAUGAUAAUUCGAUGUUUACGAUUCAUAAGAAACUAUUGAAAGAGAAUGAAGAGCAACACGAUGAUAACAACUUACAUUUCCACAAAAAAGAGAAUAUAUGGCAAGCCAAGACAAGACUGCGAGUUGAUAAUUUAGAUGUAGACCAUUUGAAUGCAGGAAUAGACGGGCCAUUUGGGUGGAUUACUGAGGGUCAAGUUGAUAUGAUUGGGGAUAUUCUAUUACCCAACAAUGAUAUCGACCCGAUACAGAUAUUAACAGAGAUCAGUGAACGAUUAUUAAUCAAAGCCAAGGAUUAUUCAUUAUUAUUCCCGAUGAUCAACAAUUUGAACGACAAUUCAAAUCUGAUAGAAAAACCGAAAGAAGAACCAAAAGGAUUAGAUCCAAAUAACUAUUUUAUCAUGGAUUUUUUCUUAAAAUUACAUAACGUCAAGGCAGAAGUUCCACUCUUCACACAAGAACUAAGUUACAUGAACAACGCGAUAAUCCGGCCAAUAGUAGGCUAUAUCAACUCCAAUCGUACAUACAUCCCGAUCAAAUGUAGAAUUGUCAAAGACAUUGCAGAUUUCGAUGGUUCCUGGACAAUGUACGACUCAUUAUUAAUGAACGAUUUAAGUGCCCAAGUGUACGACGCAUUCGCAGAAUACGUAGCUGACGAAAGAAGAAGAUCGGUAAGGCUACGAAGAGUAGGAUUCUGGUCAUUGCAACUAAUACUUCAAUUAAUAUUGAUGAGUUUAGGAGCAAUUGCUUGA